AGUUCCAGAAGCAGCAGCAAAAAAAUGGGUGGAUAAAAAAGAAUGGCGGUAAGAGCACCUUCCCCUCGAGAAGCAUUGAUAAAUCCAUCGGUGGCUCUCCACGAUGCGCCACCAAUUUGCGGUGCGUCCCCGAGAGAGAGUCCUGGUGUGGAGAAGGAAGAGAAGUAUCGAAGCCAGCGGAUCCGAAGCCCGUCUCUUUUUGAGUCAAAAGCUUCCAUAGGACGAAUCUCGACCGCCUCAUCUCCCAACCCGACGUCCAUGGGGCUCUCGAGUCUGCCGACGCCAUCGGAGAGCGUGCUCACCCUGGUGCUCGUCAACACCGCCUUUACGGUCGCCAUCCUGAAGGAGCUACUCCGCUCCACCCUCCACCUCCUCCGCCUCCGCGCGCCGCCGCCACCGCCACCGCCGCAGGCGGAGCCGGCUGGGGGCGGGACCGCUGAGCCCACCCUCACCGAUCAAUUCCGCAGCCGGUCGAGGCCCGUGCGGUUCGGCUCAGCCCUGGGGCGAAGGCGGGCGCCGGCCGAGCGCCCCGCGGACUGCCGGGUCUGCCUCGCCCGGUUCGAGCCGGAGUCGAUGGUGAAUCGGCUCCCCUGCGGGCACCUCUUCCACAAGGCCUGCCUGGAAACGUGGCUCGACUACCACCACGCCACGUGUCCAUUAUGUAGGACGCACGUCCUCCUGGGCGAGGAGCCCAGCCUCUCCUCCUCCGUCUCCACUUUCUCUUGGCCGUGGUUUUAGGUCGUAAGGCUUGGCGGUGAAUGCCACAGAUGGCGUGGGUGUCGCUAGCUACACUAGGAUGAUCAUGCUGCUGAUGAUGAUUGGUGUGGUGACAACGGAGAGUUCUUUUAUCUUUUUUUUUUUUCUUUUUUUUUUCCUUUUCUUCCUUAUAAAUAUUGAAAUGGUGCUGUGUGUACAGCCACUGUUUGAUGUAAAUUUUAUUUUCACGACCAAGUACCAACUGAGCUUUUAAAUUA